AUGGAGAUGCAGACCUGUGCUAUUUUGCUCAUCAUUGCUAUGCUUUAUUUCGGAGCCGUUGUUCCAGCAUAUGCCAUCUUUCUUCGCGUUGCUGCCUACAAUUGUCCCGAGGAAAAGAGGAACAGACCCGCUGGCAUUAAAAGUGCUUGGAACAGCCUUCCAUCGUCGAACCUAUUGAGUUUCUACAAAUCGCUUGCAUUGGUUCUUGCUAUGGAGUUCGGUGUCACUAUUGUCAUUUUCAUGCUCACGCUCGCGCAUUUCCCCGUCUACCAUCACGAUGACGUUGCACAACUCUUUGUCAAAUAUCUUGGGUGA